AGUAGGAACAAGGCAGAGAAUGUUAUGGGAACUCCAAAUGAGACGAUGGUGACAGAAUUCAUCUUGAUUGGAUUAUCAGGUCACCCACAAGCACAGGCUGUAUUCUUUUCAUUCUUCUUGAUGGCGUACCUCGUAAGCACUCUUGGGAACAGCCUCAUGAUCGUAUUAAUCAUUGGUGACUCCCACCUUCAUUCUCCCAUGUAUUUCUUUCUUUGCACCCUCUCCUCGGUAGAUCUCGUCAUCUCCAAUAAUGCCCUUCCUGAAAUCCUGGUCAACUGCUUCUUUUACAUGCCCACCGUCUCCUUCUAUAGAUGCUUGGUUCAGAUGUAUGUUGGUCUAUUAUUCGUUGUGAUUGAAUGUGCUCUUCUGGCUGUUAUGGCAUAUGAUCGCUUUGCAGCGAUAUGCCGGCCACUCCACUAUACGCAGAUCAUGAGCUGGGGAUUUUGUACCUGUUUAGUGUCUUUAUGUGUGGUCCUUGCCUUACUAAAUACAGUGAUCAACAUACUGUUGCAGCCUACUGAUUUCUGUGGACAAAAUAUCAUUAACCAUUUUGGAUGUGAGCUACAAUCGUUCCUCAAACUGGCCUGCUCAGAUACACGCAUUAGUGAGCUCUAUGUUCAACUUUCCACCUUUGCUCUUGUAGUAUCACCUUUUGGCUUUAUUGUUGUAACCUAUGGGCGCAUAGGCUUAGCAGUCCUGCGCAUUCGCUCAACACAGGGUCGCAAGAAAGCUUUCUCCACAUGCAGUUCUCACCUCACAGUGGUCAGUGUCUUUUACGGUACAAUCAUCAUCAUGUACUUGAUGCCCCAACCAAAAUCUUCCUCAGAUAAGGAUAAGGUCAUUGCUUUACUGUAUGGGGUCUUAACUUCCAUGCUCAACCCCCUGAUUUACAGUCUGAGAAACAGGGAUGUGAAGGGAGCUUUCUGGAGAGUGUUUGGUAGGAAAAUGUCAGAAUAG